UUUGGAUAGUUUGAUCAAAUAUGACAUCUUCAGAUGUUGAUUGGAAACCAAAGAUUGGAAUGGGAUUUGAUUCUAUGGAAGAGGCUAAUAAGUUUUGGCUUGCUUAUAGUUUUCGUGUGGGCUUCGGAGUUAGAGUACGUUUCGCAAACAAAAAAGAAGAUGGUAGCGUAUCGUCAUGUCGAUUGGUUUGUUGUAAGGAAGGGCUAAAAAGGAAGGAGAAAAGAUACGCAUAUGAAGGAAAAUAUACGAGAGCCGAUGUUAGAACAAAUUGCCCUGUAAGAAUUACACUUUCUCGUAAGAAUGGAAAGUUGGUCAUCAAUGACUUUGAAGAAGAACAUAACCAUGAUCUACAAAAUUCUGAGACAAAACACAUGCUUCGGUCACAUAGAAAGAUAACUGAGGUGCAAGCAUAUGAGAUUGAUUUGGCUAAUGACUCUGGAUUAAGGCAGAAGUCAACAUUUCAACUUUUGAGCACACAAGCAGGGCACAGAGCUAAUGUUGGAUUUACAGAGGUGGAUGUAAGAAACUACAUCACUGCAAGAAGAAAAAGAAGUAUGGCAUAUGGUGAGAUUGGAUGUCUUUCAAAAUAUUUUCAACGACAAUUGUUGGAGAAUCCAUCCUUCUUUCAUGCAUAUCAGAUGGAUGUAGAAGAACAUAUUACAAAUGUGUUUUGGUGUGAUGCACAGAUGAUUUUGGAUUACGGGUAUUUUGGCGAUGUUGUUUCUUUGGACACCACAUACUGUACCAACUAUGCCAAUAGACCACUUGCUUUUUUUUCUGGUUUCAACCAUUAUAGAGGUUCAGUCAUAUUUGGGGCGGCACUAAUGUAUGAUGAGACAAGUGAGUCAUUUAGAUGGUUGUUUGAUACAUUCUUACAGGCACACAACAACAAAAAACCAAAGACGAUCUUCACUGACCAAGAUCAAGCAAUGGCAAGGGCAGUUGCAGAUGUGAUGCCCGAGACUCAUCAUGGUUUAUGCACAUGGCAUUUGUUACAAAAUGGAGUUAAACAUCUUGGGAACAUGAUGAAGGGAGGAUCUUCUUUGCUUAGUGAUAUCAAAAAAUGCAUGUAUGAUAUUGACAUUGAAGCAGAUUUUGAGAAACUUUGGUUUGACAUGAUCCACAAAUUUAAUAUUCAUGACAAAUCUUGGAUCAUUUCAACUUAUGAGCUUAAAAAAAAAUGGGCUUCAUGUUAUAUGAAGGGAGUGUUAACACUUGGUAUGCGAAGUACACAAGUUAGUGAAAGUUUGAAUGCUCACUUCAAGUCUUGUAUGAAACCGAAUGUGAAUAUCCUAGAAUUCUUCAACCAUUUUGAAAUAGUUGUUGAGGAGAAGAGAGCAAAAGAAUUGAGUUGUGUGUAUGAAUCCUCCCAUAAGCUUGCAAGGUUAGCAUAUGAAACUGCACCAAUACUAAUUCAAAUGGGAAAAACAUACACACACACUGUAUUUGAAUUGUUUCAAGAUGAGUUUAAGUUAUUCUUAACUUUAUCUGUACCAAUUAGACAUGAAUCUGACUCUCUUUGUGAAUAUGUCAUCACAAAGGCAAAACAUGAAGGAUCUUGGAGAGUUUCAUUUAACCGUGUUUCAAAUUCCAUCACUUGUAGUUGUAGGAAAUUUGAUACUUUUGGCAUACUUUGUUCACAUGCUUUAAAAGUGUUUGAAUUGAAUGAUGUUAAGGUAAUUCCUGACAACUAUAUUUUAAAAAGGUGGACAAGAGAAGCCCGUUUUGGAGUUGUGCAAGAUUUUAGGGGAAAGGAGGUUGAAGGAGAUCCUAACUUGUCUAGAAAUCGAAUGUUCAGAUGAGUUGUCUCUAAGUUCAUUAAAGCGGCAACUGAAGCAUCACCCAAGGAAGAAUGGCUCAAGUUUCUUGAUAAUGGUGUAGAUGACAUGUUCAAGAAAAUAAUUGAACUUCGGACACAAGCUAUGGACAAUAACGGUGAUAAUGGUGCUCGUCCAGAAGUUGUGAGUUUGGAUUUUAUGCAAGCAAAGGGGUUCAGGGUACGACCCGGUUCAAAGCGAAUUAAGCGACACAAAAGUUGUCUGGAAAAACAGCAUAGUCGCGCUACAUCUAGGCGCGCUCCACCUAAAGAAAAAAGUUCACAGGUUGAUGGAGUAUCUUGUUCUGCGCCUACAACUUAUGAGCCCCCACAAGCACACGAGUCUCAAGUCAAUUACACAGCCAUGCUAAUGGAAAUAGGGGGGCCAACCUAUUUGAAUGGAAUGAAUGCAUAGGGGGCACUGGCGUUGCUGCAUUUUUGUUGUUAUUAAGUUUUCUGGGAUUAUAGCAGCACUUUUAUAGCAGCUUCUGCCAUACAUUGACUUUGUAUUUUGAAUGGAAUAUACAAUAUUUUGCUAGCUUAAUUGUGUUAUAGCAGCCUCUGUCAUUUGUUCGUUUCUAUUUAUGCUAGCAUAAUUUUAGAGUGUGUAACAAAUCUUAAUUGUGUUAUAGCAGCCUCUGUCAUUUGUUCGUUUCUA